CAUCCCGAUCACUCGAUCAAGACCUAGUGUCAACCCAAAUAAUAUUGGGUAGGGUAUACCUAUCCCCCAUACCCGCUAAGUCACCGUUUGCCUUGUACGCGAAGUAAUACACUAACACCAUAUUAAUAAAUAAAUAAAUAAAUAAAAGGCUUAUCCAUUUCACCUCUCCGGACGUACGGCAGUUAUGGGCGGCGACACCAUCAAUUUUCCGGCAGUUUCUUCUUCUUAUUCUUCUAUUAAUUAUGAGUCCGAUUCCAAUACAAAUACCGAAAUUGAAGCAAACAAUAACGACGAAAGAAAAAUAAAAAGUGCUUAUGAUCAAGUUUACAAGAAUUACCAUGAUUUAAAGAAUCGUGUUGUCAAUAUGGAUGUCGAUAAAAGUAAAAUUUUGAGCUAUGUACCUGGAUCAUGGGUAGAAAAUGUAGGUGGAAUGACAAUUAGUGACUACAAUGUGCCAAAAACGACAACACUUCUGGUGAUCGGGCCGAAAGGUUCUGGAAAAAGCAGUCUUAUCAACAGGAUUUCAAGGGUGUUUGAGGACGACAAGUUUGCGCCAGAAAGAGCACAAGUUACAUAUAAUUCAUCCAUUAGGAAUGGAACUUCCUUCCUCCAAGAGUACAUGAUACCAAGAAGUUCAACUUCGUUCUGCUUGUAUGAUACCCGCGGCUUUUCCAAUGAUUUAUUUGAAAACAUGGAGAUGAUUGAAAGCUGGAUGACAGACGGUGUUUGUCAUGGAGAAUUGGUGAAAAGUGACACAGAUAAUUCAGAUUUACAAGAUAGAAUGAAGGGUAAAGCUCAUCAAGAUGGACUUUUGUCUUACCAAAGAAGGAGGGUUAACUUUGUUAUAUUUGUGGUAAAUGGGCUUUCGGUUCUGAAAUGUUUGGACAGCAAUGGAGCAGACACUCAGUAUACACAAAUGGUUGCUCAAGUUUUCAGUUCACCAUUUUUGUCUUUCAAAGAUCAUAAACCUGCUAUUGCAAUUACACAUGGAGAUCUACUUUCACUCAAUGAACGUGCACGUGUUCGUAUUUAUCUGGGAGAGCUUCUUGGUGUUCAUCCAAGUAAACAAACAUUUGAUAUUGCAGAUGACUGUGAACAGACAACUGAGUUGGCUUGUGUUGACUUGGUGCGCUAUGUUCUCGAGCAUGCAGAUAGGAAUCUUCCCCCCAAGUCUCCAUCCGCAUUCAACAAGGCAAGAUGGUGCAAUAAUGAUUUGAUAUUGCAGGGUUCUACUAUUCAGCUGUGGUCAUAUUUGCUACCUAUAUUGGUAGGAAUUUUCAUAUUGACUGUCCAUUUUCAUGGGUUUCAUUCUCUGAAAGUUCGUCCCGAAAGUGCUCAUGAACAAAACCUGGAAAUCAAGGAAGUUCAUCCCAAAACAGCUCCUGAACCAAAUAUAGAAAUCAAGGAAGUUAUGGACGUUCACCUUGAAGUUGUUCCCGAGCCAAGUCUAGACAUAAAGAAAGUUAUGGAAGUUCAUCCCAAAACUAUUCCUGAAUCAAAUCUGGAAGUUCAGAAAGAUCUUGCAGAAGAAAAGCCAGAAAAGUCGAAUAAAAAAAAGAAAGCUCGUGUGCAUAGAGUUCCUGUACCAAGGGUGGAAAUCGAUUGGAAGAAGAUUCGACACAUUUGGUAAAAGUAGUAUAUGUAGGGCAACCAAUUAUCCAGCAUGCACAUUAUUUAUUUACCGUCUACUUUUGAAAUGUCUGAACCAUACGGAACAACUUGGUGUGCAUAAAUAAGUUUUAGAUCAUCUUCACGUGUAAACCUUGCGUAAAUAUCACAUGCUUAACGAAAUAAAGAUCUAUUAAUUCUUGCA